CUGGGACAUUAUCUUCAUCUUCAUCGUCUUCUUCCUCCUCCGUCUUCCUUCUUCCUCGGUAACAGCAAGCAAUCGACCACUGAGGGUUUGGGCGAACGGCGAGGCCCCAUGACUACCGUAUCCUCUUCUUCCCCGAACCCUAACCCUUCCUUCCUCUCCCCUCACAUGUCUUCUCCUCCUCCCCCUUCUUCUCCACCCUCCUCUCCCCAAACCCUAAUCCCCCCUGAUCCUGUCUCCGACCCAGAACCCGACUCCGCCCCUCCCCUCUCCUCCCUCUCCCACCCAACCGCCGCUCCCCAGCCUCCUAAUCCCAAUCCCAACCCCCCCGUAGCCCCCGCCCGGGCUCCCAACCUCCUCCACCUCUCCUUCAACCAGGACCAUGGCUGCUUCGCUGCUGGCACCGACUCCGGCUUCCGGAUCUACAACUGCGAUCCCUUCCGCGAGAUCUUCCGUCGGGACUUCGAGGAGGGCGGGGUCGCGGUCGUCGAGAUGCUCUUCCGCUGCAACAUCGUCGCCCUAGUAGGUGGCGGCCCCCGCCCCCAGUACCCCCUCAACAAGGUCAUGAUCUGGGAUGACCACCAGUCCCGGUGCAUCGGCGAGCUAUCCUUCCGCUCAGAGGUCAAGUCGGUCAAGCUCAGGCGGGACCGAAUUGUUGUGGUCCUGCUCCAGAAGAUUCUAGUGUACAAUUUUGCGGACCUUAAACUGCUGCACCAGAUUGAAACCAUAUUGAACCCUAAGGGCCUCUGCGCUGUGUCUCAGAAUUCCGGGCAGAUGGUGCUGGUCUGCCCGGGGCUGCAGAAGGGGCAGGUGAGGGUCGAGCACUACGCCUCGAAGAGGACCAAGUUUAUCAUGGCCCACGAUUCGCGGAUCGCCUGCUUCGCCCUCUCGCAGGACGGGAGGUUCUUGGCCACCGCGAGCAGUAAGGGAACUCUUGUUCGGGUUUUCAACACCCUCGACGGGUCUUUGCUGCAAGAGGUAAGAAGAGGUGCUGAUCGAGCAGAAAUAUACAGCCUUGCUUUCUCUCCGACUGCCCAAUGGCUCGCGGUAUCAAGUGACAAAGGAACUGUCCAUGUUUUCAGCUUGAAAGUCGAUUCUGGAUCACUGGUCAGUGAGCGGUACAGUGCAUCCGAACCUCUCGGAUCUUCUUCGUCUUCGAUGAUCUCGUCUCUGUCUUUCAUGAAAGGUGUGCUGCCAAGAUAUUUCAGCUCGGAAUGGUCGGUGGCCCAGUUCAGGCUGCAUGAAAAUUUGCAGUAUCUUGUUGCUUUUGGGCAUCAGAAGAACACCAUUGUAAUUCUUGGGAUGGACGGAAGUUUCUACCGAUGCCAGUUUGACCCGGCGACCGGCGGAGAGAUGACUCAGCUGGAAUACUAUAAUUUCCUUAAACCUGAAGAAACAUUUUAAAAGGUACAAGGGUGGGGAACUCUGUAUAAUAUUAUCUUAAAUUCCAAGUAUUACAUAUGUGCUUGAAUCUCGAGGGAACUCAAUAAGCUCGAAAUGUACAUUUAGUGAGUGUAAAUGGUAUAUGAGCUUCCCUGUCUGACAUUCGGGUUCUGUAAAUAUUGGGUAGCGUCACAGAUGGCUAAUCUGAGAAAAUAUAAGGGAUUGGCCUUUUACUAGCAUACAUACCUCUGUCGUUUCUCCUUUC